CUGCCCGGGCCGUCCUGCAGCAGCUGUCCUCUGGCAUGUCACUGGGAGCGUCAUUGCUUGUACAGAGAACCACGGUGAAGAGAACAGGCUAGGGUGUCCCAUUCAGAAUACUAGCACUGUCCCAGGACCACCGAGCGCCCCUGGAAGCACCAUAACCCCACCAUGGCGGAUCAGUACCAAUACAACGCCAAUGAGGAGAAGAUCAGGAAGGACAGCCACACAAAGGAGAUCGACUUGAUAAACAGGGAUCCGAAGCAAAUCAAUGAAGAUGUAGUUAAGGUGGAGUUCGAGGAUGUCAUAGCGGAGCCUGAUGGAACCCACAGUCUGGAUGGGGUCUGGAAACUCAGCUACACCACCUUCACUGUAUCCAAGUACUGGUGUUACCGUAUCCUGUCAGCCAUCUUUGGGAUCCCUGUAGCACUUCUGUGGGGCUUCCUGUUCGCGUGUAUCUCCUUCUGCCACAUCUGGGCUGUGGUCCCUUGCAUUAAGAGCUGCCUGAUAGAGUCCCAGUGUAUUAGUCGAAUCUACUCACUGUGCAUCCAAACUUUCUGUGAUCCGUUCUUUGAGGCAUUGGGGAAGAUCUUCGGCAGUGUGCGUGUGGCAUUGAGAAAAGAGGUUUAGUGUUGAUAUAUGUUUUUACGUAUAGCAGUAGAAGAAGAAGUUACUGGCGUUUUUCCUACCCCUCACUCCCCAGUAUAUACCCCCACCUUCUUGUUGGCCUCCAGAAGUUCAGUGACAGCUGCAGCCUGGGCGUGGUACACUGACUGAUCUGGGCCGCUAAGGGAUAAGAGGCCCACUCACCACCUCCCUGCCUCUGGCUCAAGCAGACUUUUAUGGCUAUAGUUCCCACUAAAUGAUAUGGACAUCCCUGUGGACAUCUGUGACAUUUGGCCUUUCUAAACUAGAAUAAAUGCUGGAAUCAUUUUAUAUUUUUAGUAGAAAGAAGAUAGGAAAUUGCUUCGUUUUAUCAGGCUAAUGUGUGUUCUGACAGAAAAUAUUGUAGAAAAUAUUGUUAGGAUUGCAUAUCUAGAGUGAGUGCCCUUUUGUUAAUAUGUUUUAAACUAAAGGUAUAUAAUAUUUGAACCCAAAAGUGUUAUUUUUAGACCCCUUUUUAUAACUUGUCAUCAUAAAUUGUCAUGUGUAACUCAGGGGAGCAUGUAGAUCACCUUUUGAGCUGCCUGUUAGACAGAAUUGACUGAAAAGUUUUGAAAAUUAAUCACAAAACACCAUCUGGUUUGGUCGUCUAAUGGAUUGUUGCUAUGACUAAACAGCAAAGCCUUUGAAGCAGUAUCAUCUGGCUGCUAGCUUGCUUUAAUCAUCUGAUAAUAAUACUACUUUAUAAUUAAUAGUUUUAAGUCAGAUGCUCUACCAGACAACUCACUUAGCUAUGCUUGGAACUUGCAAGUGGCGCCUACACUAUAUACGUUUGUGUAAAUAAAAAGUGAAUAAAUGGACUACGCAUAGCCACCAACCCACUAGAGGCCGCUGUUGUUUCCUUCACCAAACUGACAAGAUUUUUUUUUUCUAUUGAAGUUCCAAUCUUCCAAGAUAAAAAUAGAGAUAAAAAUAAAGCUUUUCCAACUGUCCAAAGCAUUUUUCCAGCAGAGUGGUGCAUAAACCUGAUUUAUUGAACAUGUGUUUAAAUUUUGUUGAGUUCCUUUAAUAUUGGCUGUCUCACUAUAUCGCAGUCAAGUCUUGAGAGGCAUUGCCUUCAAAUUGCUCCUCAAAUUGUUUAUUGACACCCACAUACUUCAUAUUGAUAUUUAUCUUCAACUGCAAAUGCGCAGUAAAGUAAGGAAUCUCUGAACUCCUGAAGAACACGCAUUGAAUAUGUAUGUAAUGAAAUGAUUUAUGCAAUAUCUGACAUGCAGGUAGACAUGAAUAAAACAUG